AUGCGAGCGCCGCCAGGCUCCGCCAGCAAUAGCCGCCUUUCGCUGCAACAAAUUUUUGCGGUUCUUAUUGGCACGGCGGCGCUGCUGCUCCUGCUCAACGCCACAUACCUCACGUCCCUCUCUCCCGUCGGCGAUCUGGACGUGGACCUGGACGGCAUUGUCUCAGCGCGCGAUAUCCGUCGGCACGCCGCCGCCACGUCUCCGCCUCAUACCAGCAUUGCAGCGUGCGACCCUCAUGCGGCCGGCACCAUUCGCCAGCGGGCAGCUCCGCCCUUCAACCCAAUCGCAAACGCAUCGUCCGUGAUCAGAGUGGGCGAGACGGUUCGCUUGACCGUCCUCACAGCUCGCACGCUCCGCAUCGAGCAGCGGCGCAACCCGCGGGAGCGCUUCGACGAACGCAGCAGCUUUGCGAUUGUGAAUCGCUACCUGCCCGUGCCAUCGCACAAGGCAACGCUCAGCAGCGACUGCCAGCUCCUCUCGGCCCACCGCUGCCUCGUGCUGACCACGGCGCAGCUGCGACUGGAGCUCUCGGCUCCGGCCAACGCGACGGCGGCGCAGAUCACUCGUGGGGCUGCCGGUCUGGUCGCGGACUGGCCGGCGCCUCGGCUGUCCUCCGCCACGCUGCGGGUGCGGCUGGCUCUCGACGGCGAUCGGAGCUCGGAGUGGCAUCCGGGCCUGCCGAACCCGGAUCAGCUGCCAGGCACCGUCCGCACGCUGGACAACGUGGACGGCGCGACCGAGCUCCGCUGCGAUCGGCUGCCGGUCGACCAGCGCUCCGGCCGAGAGAACGACGCGCACUGCGCCAUGGGCGUGAUCUCUCGCAGCGGCUGGGCGCUGCUCGACGACUCGCUCAGCGCCCGCUUCGACGGCGCGGCGGCGCAGUGGGACUGGGCGCGCGCAGCCGACGGCGACCCUCGCUGCGAGCAGUGGGCUCGCGGGGGAGAGUGCGAGGCGAGCCGCGCCUUCAUGCAGGCGUCGGGCGAGGCCCUGCUCCGUCUCGACUGGUACUUGUUCGCGGCGGGCCUGGACUACGCGUCUGCGCUGCGCGACUUUGCGGCCUUGAGCGGCGACCAGGACCCGUCCCCGUGGCACGUGCCGCAGGCGGCGGGGCUCCUCCGCGAGUUCGAGGCGCGGGGCGUGCCUGCGGACGUGCUCGUCACCGACAUGGACUGGCACCACACCUGCUACCGGCGCACGUACGGCAACGAGAGCGAGAAGUCGAUGGACGCGUCGCACAACUGGCCGUGCUGGUCGGGCUUCUCGUUCGACAAGAAGUACUUCCCGGACCCGCCCGCCUUUCUCGGCUGGUGCAAGGCGGCCGGCGUGCACAAUGGCCUGAACCUCCACUUUCAGAGCGGGCUGGUCAAGGCGGAGGAGGAUGCCGACCGGCUGCCGCCCGACGCCGAGUACGCUGCCUUCGACCCGCUGAACCGAACCUACUCCUCCCACUUCCACACCCACGUGCUCGCCCCGCUCGAGCGGCUCGGCGUCGACUUUUGGUGGCUCGACUGGCAGCAAGGCGAGGCACGGGGAGAGGUGGGGAGAGAUGCGGAGAGGUGGGGAGAGGUGGGGAGAGGAGAGCACUUCUUCGGCGGCUCCGAGACGCCAGAGGUAAACCCAACCUUCUGGCUCAACUACGUCUACUCCACCCAGCCCGACGGGCGCGCGACACCGGCCUCUGCCCAGCGGCGACGCCUCAUCAUGCACCGCUGGGGCGGGCUCGGCAACCAGCGCUACCCGAUCGGCUUCAGCGGCGACACGAAGUCGACGUGGCAGAGCCUCGCUUUCCAGCCCGGCUUCACGGCGAGCGCCGCCAACGUCGCCUUCGGCUACUGGUCCCACGACAUCGGCGGCUUCUUCGAUCGGGUCGAGCCGGAGCUGUACGUGCGAUGGGUGCAGCUGGGCAGCCUCUCGCCAGUCUUCCGUGCGCACGGCUUCCGCGACCCUCUGCACGAGAGGCGCUUCUGGCUCUUCGACGAGGCGGCUUUUGUCGCGAUGCGGAGCGCGCUGCGGCUCCGGGCGGAGCUGGUCCCGCACCUGUACACCGCCGCCCGCGCAGCGUACGACGGCGGGCCAUCGCCUGUCCGGCCCCUCUACCACGAGUGGCCUGGCCUGCAGCCCGCGUACGACUUCGGAGGCGAGUACCUCUUCGGCGCGGGACAGUCGCUGGCCGUAGUCGCGCCGGUGACGCACCGCUCGAGCGCGGACGCGCCGCUCGCUCGGGGCGCGCGGCUGUGGGUGCCUCCGGGGCUGUGGGUGGCCAUCUGGCUGCCGCCGCCGCCCGCUCCGUCGGCCGGCGGCGGGUCGGGAGACUUGUACGGCGGCGGGUCUGGAGACUUGUAUGAGGACGACGGCUGGAGCGGCCGGUACGCGGCUGAGCAGAAGGGCGGCGAGCACUCGAGCUGGACGCGGCAGCCCCGCGGCGGCGCGGCGGAGACUGCGGUGGUGUUCGCCGACCCUCCGACGGUGGAGCGGCGGCGCCGUGCGGGCGAGCGCUCCUCUCCGCUCUGGUACUUCGACGCCGAGUUGCUCUGCGUGGUUGUCUGGCUGUUCGACUUGCCCGCCGGCACGUCGGCGGAGCUGACGCUGCGGUUCGACGACGAGCGGGCGGCGCGACUCGCGGCGACGGCGGCCAAGUCGUUGCUCGACGGCACGUACCCCCAGACGCAGCCGCAGGACUACAGCCACACCACUUGGCUCGCAGGGCUGGGCAGCCGUCUCGCGAGCCGCCCGGCCAACUUUACCAACGAGAUGGCUGCGCUGCCGGCGACGCUCGAGGCGGCGCGCGGUCAGCUGCGAGAGCACGAGACUGGUUUGCCGACGCAGGCGAACGCCGCCUCGUUCCGGGGCGCAAAGAUGGUCAAGGCUGACCUGCAGGGGGCAGACCUCACCGGCGCCGUCUUUGAGCGGGCAGACCUGCGGCGUGCGAAUUUCAUCUACUCGACGCUCUCAGGCCCGUCGCCCGCCUCCUUCAUCGAGACGGACCUGCGCGACGUCCGCGUGGAGGACGUCAACUUGAGUGGGUCGUACUGGCAGGGGGUGCAGACCCGGGGGAUGGCCUUCGUCGACUCGUGGCUGACGGACGCCUUCCUGGUCGGCGUCAACUUCGACGGCGUCAACAUGAACGGGCCGCGUGCCGCCUGCAGGGCGCCGACCUCGGCCGACAUCAACGAGUGCGACUUCACGUCGGCGAUGGGGGUCGACAAGGCCUCUUUCUUCAACGUUAUUGGCACACCGAUCGGUCGGACUCGUAGGAUGAUGUCUCGAUAUCGCAUGUCCGCGUAG